GAAGAAAACCGGCAGGGGGCUUUCUAAUGUACUUGUUUGUAUUUUCGUGAUUUUGUUUUUUUAAAUCCAGAGGAUGGGGUUGUGUUUGGAAUAAGUGUUCGACGUUCUUGCAUACGGGGGGUAUGGCGCGCCGAUUCAGCUAAAUUUGUGUCAACAAGUGUCUCAGUUGCUUCGAUUCGAUGCCUUCGAGCUAGCGCGCAGUGUCUGGACGCAGCGUUAGGCCUACCCCUUCAGCUGAUCAACGCCGUGAAUGGUGAAGACUUGCGGAGACAGUCGCAAAAUCGACCUUGAACAUACGUAUCUCCACAGCCGCUUGCAGGUUUCACUCAGGUGUGAAAAUGUACCUCCCGUGUAACUGAGGGGUCUUAUUGUUUCGUAAGAGCGUCCUUGAAGUUCGCCGACGAUGGACCGAGCAAGCAGGGCGAUCCGACGGAGUGGAGCGAGGCUCAAGGCUUUGAACGGAGGGCACGCCGAUCUCAACUUGGUCAUCUCGGAGUUGAGGGACAUUCGCUUGGCCAUGAAGUCUUUCCUGACGGCGCAAAAUUCUGUCUCUCAAGAUUUGGUGCUAUGGGCUCAAGCCGAUGAAAAUCGGGUGAUCCAGGACGUGAUGUCCCAGUUGGCUGAGCUGAACACCUUUUGGACAGAUGUGCAGAGGGACUUUGUCGAGCACUUGAAGGCCUUCAAGCACCACUUCGACCUGAUCCUGGAGGGGGAGAAGCAGGUGGACCAGGCCCGCAACGCCCUGGUCUUGUGCGAGCAGAAAGAGCUCAAGAUCAAGAAGGAGCUCAAGAAGGCCUCUAAGAAGGCGACGGUGGAAGAGAUCAGUAACUUGGAGCUGAAGCUGGCCCAGGCAGAGAGAGCUAAGGACCUGGCCCAGUAUGAAGCCAUGGAGAAGGUGCAGGAGAACGAGGCAGUCAAGCUGAUCCGGGUCAAGGAGGGCUUGCUCAAACUGUCCGAGGCCUACCUGGAGCUGGCCAACAAGUGUGCCAUCAUCUUUGAGUCGCAGAGGGACAUUGCCGCCCACAUCCCGGACGUGCACCACAUGGCCUUGCACGAGAUGAAGUACACCGGCACAGGUGCCAUGAAGCAGGCGGUGCAGAAGGCAAAAGAUCGUGUGGACCAGUACCACCUGUACCAGUACCGACUCAUCCCUCACUGCCCCUCCGUCGAAGAGCCGCCCCCGCCGUACACCCCCGGCUACUACGACCCCACCACCGGGCAGCCCUACCACGUCCCCGGAGGCGACGAGGCGGCCUUCGGCUCGGUACGGCAGCGCGUGGUGCUUCCCUCCUGCCCCGCCCCCGCAUUCGGGGGGGGCCGGGGCCUGGCGAGGCCCCCCCCGGUGCCCCAGCAGCUGCCUUCCCGUCCCCCCGGCGGCAACAACAACCCCGACUGGCUCCUCCCGAGGGACCCCCCCGCCGCUUGCCCCCCCAGCCCCUGGCCCCCCGCGUGGGGCUCGGACGGGGAGGAGGAAGACCGGCUCUCCGCCGCCAUGGGGGCGGCGAGGCUGGGAUGACCCCUCGCCCCGCCGCGGGAGCCGCCGCUCUUUUAGGGAAGGACCGACGCCUGUGCCUCCCCCGUCUCGUCUGGUCUUCCCCCGACUGCCCGGUUUCGAAAGGCCGCUCUGGCUCGGCCCCAGCCGUUUUUUUCCGGCGGGGACCUUUAGGAGAGACUGUCCCCGAAUGGCUGUCUCUCGGGUCUUGCACGUAGGGAAACUCCUGCCAGUCUUCCCUAAUAUUUUGGGGGAAGAGGUGCCCCAUUUCGUUUUCCCCUUGGGUUUUAGGGAAGCACAAUCUUUCCACUGUCCCUAGAAAAUGAAAUGGGCAAAUUCACCCUAUGAUUUUGUUAAAACGUGCAUUUCCCGUUACCUGUCCCCAGAAUGUUGAUGGUGUCGAUUGACGAGAGCCUUCCAAAGUUUAUUGUUUUUUUAAAUUCCAGUUGGCUUUUUGCUUCAGGUUUUCCAUGGUGCUGUCGCCCCCUGAAUUUUUUUAGGAAUGACUUAUCUGGGCUGGCUUUCCCCAACAGGCGAAUGGUGAUCUCUAGCUUCUCUUCUCUUUAAAACUUUUAGGGAAGACUGCCUCUCGUUUCCCGUCUCUGGGAUCUCCCCUAGACUUCGAAGCAGGGUACUUUUGAUCGGCAUCCACUUCAACCUUUCUGGAACGUUGUUCAUUAUGUACCUCUAAUACCAGGUUGGCUGUGAGGGGCCGGGGAGUCCUGUCUCCUGCCUGUGUUCAGUGUUUUUCUCUGCCUUGGCGCAUCUUGGGGAACCUAACAAAGGGUGCCAGCAGCCCUGUGGUUGGAUCGGCUUUAGGAGUUAACGCAUGGAUCAUACUUCGUCGGUUUUUAAUUCUAAAUUGCCGUUCUCCGUCAUCGGAUACAACGGUAAAGAGCCUUGCUGGACGCCAUCAACGUCGAUGCCUCCAUGAAUAGUACACGAUCGAAGGAAGAACGGGGGAAGGAGGUGCCCGGGGUGUUCGUCGGAACGGCGGCGUCGGUCCUUUUAUCGUAAGCAUGCGUGAAUGAAUGCGUGCGUGGGUGGUUGGAGAAGGCAUUUACGGCUCAUCCUCUUUCAAAAACAUCUUUGCGACAAGCGACUCUCCACCGGGGUUUUCCCUCAUUUCCCCAAGUGUCUGUUUAGUCUGAAUGUCGUCUCGGUCGCCGUUGGGACGGCAUGCUGUUUCGGGACAGAGAACUGCGAAGGGGGUGCCGGUGCAAAGUUUUCGGUGCUUGCAGUUCUGUUCCGUGCCAGCACGUCUCCUCCGAAAGUCGGAGUUUACAUUUUGACGGUGUUCUACGAGACGUCGGCGAACGUGCCGAACUAAUCAGCUCUGAUGCACUUCUAACCCCAGCACAAUCGUCGUGUCACUGCCCAGUACUGUCUGCUUACCACGAGUUCGAGUGGUGCCUCUGGGGGUGCCCUCACCCUCUUCCGAAAGUGCACUUACGCAGCUUUAGCGAGCUAAGGAUUUGAGCUUCGGGAAAGGGUUAAAGCGCUCCGAGAGCACCAUUCGAAUUUUCUCUUAGGCAUUUUAUAUUUUGUGUUUCUUCACGUUUUAUAGCAAUUUGUUGAUAGCUUUGUUGCCCUGGAUCAACCCUCUUCCAUUAAGCAAUUGAAUUGAAAUUACAAUUUUUUUUUGUAGGGAACUGUAAAGGUUGCAAUGUGUAGGAAUUUCUUUUCAUUUAAAUUUUGGUUUAGUGUGUUUUACUAGUUGAAAUGAAUUUGUGUAUGGUAUUUUUCAUAUUCAUGAUUUCUUUAGACUUAGUUUUGCAUGUCUUCAAAUUUGAACACCUGAUCACACGUGAAACCAUUGCCAGCAGCCACUUUCAAAAUAUUUAUUUUUAACAUGGUUUUCUUGCCCUUAAAGCUUUGACACUUAAAAACUGUGAUAGCUGUUGGGUGUUUGUGAAAGAUAAGAGAAAUGAUGGUGUGUGUUUGUUUUAUGUAUAUCUAGUGUCUAGGUUUUGGUAAUAAAGGCCUUUGUUUUAGGGAUGCUUUCAGCUUUUAGUCCGAUUUUCCUUCUGUCCUACAGUUUUAAAAUACCAAUAAGCAUUUAUUGUACUCCAUAGGGGUACUAAAAACAAUUUUUUAUGAAGUAUAUUUGGCAUGGUAUCAGUGUUUUUUUGUUGUUUUUAAUAAAAAUGAUGGUGAAUACCAA